ACAAAGGAAGUAGUGACAUUCAUAUGCGGAAGAGGUUAGAGUGGGGAAAACAAUCGGGUGGAUCGGCGAACUGUAACUGUAAAUAAGGAACAGAAGAAACAAACCACGGCGUGAUAGUUGGUCUGUUCAGCUGUUGGUAUCUCUGGCGGACGUUUUCCACGUAAAGAAGAGACAAGAUGGAGUUCCUGUUUGGAAGAAGAAAGACUCCAGAGGAGAUGCUCAGACAGAAUCAGAGAGCGUUAAAUAGAGCCAUGAGAGAUCUAGACAGAGAACGGCAGAGACUGGAGCAACAGGAAAAGAAAAUAAUUGCUGACAUUAAGAAAAUGGCCAAACAAGGACAGAUGGAUGCUGUGAAGAUCAUGGCUAAGGACUUGGUGCGCACAAGAAGAUAUGUCAAGAAAUUCAUCAUGAUGAAAGCCAAUAUUCAAGCUGUCAGCCUUAAAAUCCAAACCCUCAAAUCAAACAACAGCAUGGCGCAGGCCAUGAAAGGAGUCACCAAAGCUAUGGCCACCAUGAACAGACAGUUGAAGUUGCCACAGAUUCAAAAGAUCAUGAUGGAGUUUGAGCGCCAAAGUGAAAUCAUGGACAUGAAGGAGGAGAUGAUGAAUGAUGCAAUUGACGAUGCAAUGGGCGAUGAAGAUGAUGAAGAGGAGAGUGAUGCCGUGGUUUCCCAAGUUCUGGAUGAGCUGGGUCUGAAUCUUUCUGACGAGCUUUCAAACCUGCCUUCUACUGGAGGAAACCUUUCAGUUGCAGCUGGGAAAAAAGCGGAACCGCAGGCUACGCUGGCGGAUGCCGAUGCUGACUUGGAGGAGAGGCUGAACAACCUCAGGAGAGACUGAGAAUGAAAGGACUUUAUGUAAAGGUUUUGAUUCGGAACUGUCUGUGCAAAGCUCGCGUCACUAAAAUGUAUACUGAUGCAAAGAAA